ACAUCACUGGCCAGUUCUAUCACUGCUCUUUUCUAGAAAUGACAUUUCUAUAUGGCAGAUAAUUUACUAGUAGGUGCAGCAGAGCAAUUAAAAGACAGCAAAGCCAAAAGCCAUGGCUUGCAUCUGAUUUUGUAUAAUUAGAUCAAUCAGUGAUGUCAUUCAGUCUGUGAACAAGCAGUUGUCAAACAUUUGGCCCUUCAUUAAGGAUGAAAAGCAGCAAAUGUACAGGUCUACCACAUUUCUCUGCAAAUCUGAGUAAAAUGGGUCAUUUCUGAUAUUUCUUGGAAGAACGGCACUCUGAUUUUAAAGUUGAGUAGAGAGAAAAAGUGACCAAAAACACUUUAAAACCAAAACCAGAAAGAUAUGAAAGAAAACAAAAGUUCAUUUUCUAAUGUUUUGAAGAAUAGCCAAAACGUUGAAGAUUCAGCCAAUUAUCAGCUCCAGGGUGAUAUAAAAAGGACUGCUGUUACCUGUGAGUACUUUAACACUUAGAAGAUUCUUAUGUGAAUCCAAGCUAUUGAAGCAUGAAGCCCCUACAAAGUCCCAUUGUUAUUAAACAUUGGCUGAUUGCGAAGAAACACUGACUUGCUGUAAAAGACUUGGUGCAACAUUUUAUGGACUGAUCCGUGCAAGAUUAUUUUGACUAAGGAGUUCACAGACAAUUUAUCAGACGACCCCCAAACACUGACGUCAAGCAUCAGUACACUGAAGCACGGAGGCUCAGACAUCAUCAUAUGGGGAUGUUUCUCAUUCUAUUGUGUUGGGCCUAUUAUCACAUACCAACGAUCAGGAAUCAGUUGAAAUAUAUCCAGGGACUUGGAAGAUGUUAUGUUGCUCUUAUGCUGGGGACAAUGAUGUUUCAACAAGACAGUGACCCCACCAAUAAGGGAUCAGCUUCUUGGUCCCAAACCAACAUGGUUGUUUUUUUUUGCUGGUGGUGAAUCAAACAUGCUGUUUCUGAGGCAAACGACGUACAGAGGACUUGUGGAACAUAGUCCGGUUGUCCUGUUCACAAGAGCCAGACGUUAGUCGACCCCAUGCAGCACAGAUGUGAAGCCGUUUACAGAAACAAUGCUUGUGUAACAGUUUAAAUUGCAACGUUGUUAACUAACCAGUUUAUGCCACUGUGUUUAUUAUUUUAUUUUGUAAAUGUGUGAAUAUUAUCUUUUAGAGCUGUUUUAUUUAGAAAGUCCUACUUGUCCUCUUGCGACGCGUAACUUCCUCUUCCUCACAUUGCAGCCUAACAUUGUGUAGGUCAUAGGCCAAAAACCGAUCCGGCGCACCCCACAGGGAAUUUUGAUAGAUAAAAACACACUUUUGAACAUUACAAAAAUGUUUUCUUGUGUGGGACUGACAUUUUCCAUGAGGUUUAGGAGUGUAUUCAUAGUUCGGUGAGAAAACCAGAAUUGCAGCUUCGGCUCUAAUUCAUCCCAAAGAUGUUCAGAAAAGUUGAGGGCAGGACUCUGUGCAGGCCAAUCAAGUCUCUCCACACCAAACUUUAUACACCUGCAGCCAUUAAACUGAUUCCUUUAUUUGGUGGUGUGACCCAAGCGUUUUGGCAAUAUAGUGUAAGUAUAUUGUAAGAAUGUGAUAUAUGUUCAGAUGUGAAGAGUAUAUUGUAAUAACAUGAAACAUAGUGUGAUAUAGCUCUACUUUUUUUUUUUUUUUUGGGUGGCAGCUUUAGGCUUCUGCACAUCUGGAUAUUAUUUUGAUAUUGGAUAUAGAUUUUGUGAAUGGGUUUAUGUAGAAUCCAGAAAGUGGGUAAAUCUCCAGCCUUUAAAAAGAAAGUCAGUGGUUCGGCCUUUCUCCUGAGUCCAUCCUUGGGUGAGCAAAAAGCAACACACUGGACAGGAAUACCCCACUUGGGAUCUGCUUUUGAACUCACACACGGACUGAUGGCCCUUUUCUUCUUCAGGGUUCUAUUAUUUCUAACAGAAACCAUGCAUGACCCAUAACCUUUCCCUCUAAGUCUCAGUGAGUCUCUGAGUUUGACCUCGUUUUCUAUUCCAUUCAGGGGUUUAUCACAAACGUAGUACAACAGAUUUGUUUUGCUUUUGCCCCCUUUAAAGGCCCUCAUUAUAAAGCACAGCACACAUGCAUGAAUGCAGUUCAGUCCUCCCAGUUCCCCAGCACCCCCUGCUUGCCCCCUUUGUUCAUGUCAGUGUGUUUGUAUCUGACGGCCAGCAGACAGGAAUUUAAAACCCUUUACAUGUGGAGGUUUGCUUCUAUUGUCAAGUAAAGAAACUGGACAGUUUGUUUUCAUCUCUCUCUUGCCAAACUUGUGUCAGGUCAGCUGAAAGGAGGCAUCAAACAGCUAUGACUUACAGACUUUUUGAAGGUAAGGAGCAUGCUGCUUCCUACUGGAAGUACAGGAUCUCUCCAUCAGAUCAUCUAAUCCGACAGCUUCUGGACUUCUUAGAAAAGCAUCGAGGUCGUCCCUUUGAGCUGGCUGUGGAUGUGGGUUGUGGCUCUGGGCAGGGCACGCUGCUCCUGUCCAAACACUUUGCUUCAGUUGUGGGGACAGAUGUGAGUCCUGCUCAGUUGGAAGUGGCUUUGCAGCAAGCUAAAGAGCCAAACAUCACAUAUAAACAAAGUGCGGCCGAGGAGCUGCCCUUCGCUGACAGCUCCGCCGACCUGGUGACGGCCAUGUCUGCGUUUCACUGGUUUGACAGGCCACGCUUUCUGCAGGAGGCCCACAGAGUCCUGAAGCCCCAAGGCUCUUUGGCUCUGCUCAACUACAUGAUUGACAUGGAGCUCAGCUACCCAGACUGCUGCAAAAACACACUAAACCAAGUCUGCAAAGAGUUUUAUGCUACCUUGCAACCGUACAGGAGUCCCCACCUUGGUCAAAGCUCUAUUGAGCUUUACAGGGAGGCAUAUGCAUCUAUUCCCUAUCCCAACAAGGAGUGGCAUGAGUGUUUUUGGGACACAAGGAGUAUGCCGCUAUCCAGCUACAUGGGGUUGGUGGAGUCUUUCUCCAGUUAUCAGGCUCUGCUGAGAAAAGACCCACACAAGGCAAACAGGCUUUCCCAGGAUGUCUGUGAGAGAUUGAUGUGUGUAAUGAAAGUGACCUCUGCAGACACAGAAGUGACAGUGGCUGUCAAGUAUUUCUACCUUCUGGCCUGCAAACCUCAAGAAACCUGACUUCUGACAGCUCUGCCCUUUUUAACAAAGUCAGUAAAGGUCACAUCAGCUUUCACUUAUCAAUGUUUCUCUGUGGAGAGAAAGAAUCCCAUCAUAUCAGACAUAAUUCUUUGACAUUUGGGGAAAUUAUCAUGUUUAAUUUCUGUUGCUGAAAUUUACAUAAACUGAUAGCAUUUUCAUGUCUGUUAUUAACACAGUAGCGAACACUGAGAAAUAAGUUUUAAAAAUGUACUUUCUUUUUUAUUCGCAUUAUGCCACUAGAGGGCGACAUUUGAUAAAAUUUCAUUUUAACUGUGCACAUUAUUCCUUUGGUUAUGUUGCUCUCCUUAACGUUCAGGGAGGCUGAAAGUAAGAAAUUGUGAAGUUGUGUAGUGCAUCUUGUUUAUGUGACCUUUCCGAAAGGUUCAGUCAUCUUUUCUCAGGAAACUAUCUAAUUAUUCUGAUUGGUUCAUGUUAAACCAUUUCUUUUCAAACAUGAAUGUAAUCCUAAUUGCCCAACAAAGCAUCCAAAUGUUUUUGGAAAGACUAUACAGCCAUUAGAAUAAAAUAGAUGGAAAGUAUAAUGGAUAAAACUGUAAAUACUGUAACUUGUACUGCAUAAAGGUAUGCACUACAAGUUACUGUGCACACUCCAUGUUACCUUUCAACUUUCAGCUAAAGGAUAAACCUGUUUUCCUGUUGUAGCUGUGAAAAAUAGGUUAAAUAAUAAACAUUCCUGCAAUAAUUCUGUUGCAUAAGUUUGCAUGGCCUGAAACUAAUACUUUCUAAAUGAAGAACCUUUUUAUACAAAUAAUUCUCUACUUUUUUAUUUAGGGAUCUAUUUUCUCUAAAACGUUCUCUAAAACCUCAUUUUCUUCCAGUGAAACAAAUUAUUUGUUGAUUUUGUGGUAUGAAUGGAAAAUAAAAUCCCUCUUUA